UUUACGCUUUAUCGACACCGCUCGAGUUAAACUUUUGUUAAACAUUAUGGUAAGUGCCUUUAAACCUGAUGAAAGAGUUCUAUGUUUUCAUGGACCUUUGCUUUAUGAAGCUAAAGUUUUAAGUGCAGAACUAAGAGAACCAGAAGAUGCAGGAGAGAAUGCUGAAAAAGAGCCUCAUUUACGUGUCCAUUAUAAGGGCUGGAAGUCAACAUGGGAUGAAUGGGUGCCAGAAGAUCGAGCUUUAAAGUGGACAGAAGAGAAUCUAGCUACGCAGAAAGAGUUACAAAUGGCAGCGCUUGCUGCACAGAAAAAAUCAGGGCGAAGAGGCUCGGGAAGAUCUAGCGAAUUGACGGAAGGAGGUCCACCUCAUCCACGAGGCCAAAAACGCUCAAGAGAUGCUGAUUUAGAGAAGGAAGAAGAUUUCACUGUUAAACCGGAAAUUAAUAUCCCAAUUCCUGAUACAUUAAAAGCACAGCUUGUUGAUGAUUGGGAAAAUAUAACAAAGAAUCAACAACUUGUUUCAUUGCCACGAUCACCAACUGUAACGGAAAUUUUACAGAAUUAUAAAAAUUCUAUUUUAACAUUGCAAAAAAAACGUUUUACUGACUUGGAUACGGAUAUAUUUGAAGAAGUUGUAUCGGGUAUUAAGCUGUACUUUGAUCGGUGUCUUGGCAAUAUUUUAUUAUACCGUUUUGAAAGACAACAGUAUUCAGAUAUACGAAAAACCGCUAAAGAUAAAGAAAUGAGUGAUAUUUAUGGUGCUGAACACUUGCUUCGAUUGUUUGUAACCCUUCCUGAAUUGAUUGCACAUACAAAUAUGGAUUAUCAGAGUAUACAAAUAUUAAAAAACUAUAUUAAAGACUUUUUAAAGUUUCUUGUUAAGAACCAAGCUGAAUAUUUUUUAAAGAUAUAUGAGAAUGCUUCGCCUAAUUAUCAAUCACUUGUACGAGGUAUAUAAAACACUUAUUUAUUGACAAUUAUUCAGUAAACCAUUCAUCUAUU